CUGCGCACCCGGCUCCGGUCCCCGGGCUCGCGGCUGCGGCUUCUGCUCGGGGAGGCGGAAGGCGGCGGCGGGAGCGGUCAUGGAGGCGGGCGCCGGAGCCGGCGCGGGAGCCGCGGGCUGGAGCUGCCCGGGCCCAGGACCCACAGUGACCACUCUAGGCUCCUAUGAGGCUUCCGAGGGCUGUGAGAGGAAGAAGGGCCAACGCUGGGGGUCCCUGGAACGACGGGGGAUGCAAGCUAUGGAGGGGGAGGUGUUACUCCCAGCUCUCUAUGAGGAGGAAGAGGAAGAGGAGGAAGAAGAGGUAGAAGAAGAAGAAGAACAAGUGCAAAAAGGUGGCAGUGUUGGCUCUCUGUCAGUCAACAAGCACCGGGGACUGAGCCUCACGGAGACAGAGCUGGAGGAGCUGCGGGCUCAGGUGCUGCAGCUGGUGGCAGAACUGGAGGAGACCCGGGAACUGGCAGGGCAGCAUGAGGACGACUCCCUGGAGCUACAGGGGCUCCUGGAGGAUGAACGGCUAGCCAGCGCCCAGCAGGCAGAGGUGUUCACCAAGCAGAUCCAGCAGCUCCAAGGUGAGCUGCGUUCUCUACGGGAGGAGAUUUCCCUGUUAGAGCAUGAGAAAGAAAGCGAACUUAAGGAAAUAGAACGGGAAUUGCAUUUGGCCCAGGCUGAGAUCCAGAGUCUGCGGCAAGCAGCAGAGGAUUCUGCAACUGAACAUGAGAGUGACAUAGCAUCCCUGCAGGAGGAUCUCUGCCGGAUGCAGAAUGAACUUGAAGACAUGGAACGCAUUCGGGGAGAUUAUGAGAUGGAGAUUGCCUCCCUCCGUGCAGAAAUGGAAAUGAAGAGCUCUGAACCAUCCAGUAGUUUAGGUCUUUCAGAUUACUCUGGGUUGCAAGAAGAACUGCAGGAGCUGCGGGAACGCUACCAUUUCCUGAAUGAGGAAUACCAGGCCCUGCAGGAGAGCAACAACAGCCUCACGGGGCAGCUUGCAGAUCUGGAGAGUGAGAGGACACAGAGAGCAACAGAGAGAUGGCUGCAGUCCCAAACACUGAGUAUGACGUCAGCAGAGUCUCAGACUUCAGAAAUGGAUUUCUUAGAGCCUGAUCCUGAAAUGCAGUUGUUACGGCAGCAGCUACGGGAUGCUGAAGUGCAGAUGCAUGGCAUGAAGAACAAGUGUCAGGAAUUGUGUUGUGAGUUGGAAGAGCUACAGCAUCAUCGCGAGGUCAGUGAGGAGGAGCAGAGGCGGCUGCAGAGGGAGCUCAAGUGUGCUCAGAAUGAGGUGCUUCAGUUUCAGACCUCCCACAGUGUCACCCAGAACGAGGAGCUGAAGUCCAGACUCUGUACCCUGCAGAAAAAAUAUGAUACUAGCCAGGAUGAGCAGAACGAGCUCUUGAAGAUGCAGCUGCAACUUCAGACUGAGCUCCGGCAGCUCAAAAUCAUGAAAUCCACACUUGUAGAAAACCAGAGUGAGAAGGAGUUACUGUGCCGGCUGCAGAAGCUGCAGCUCCAGCACCAGAAUGUCACAUGUGAGAAGGAAAAGCUGCUGGAACAGCAGCAGCAGCUGCAGGAGGAGCUGCAGUGCCAUGAGGCAGAGCUGCAGCACCUCAGGGAUACGGUGGCCUCCUUCAAAGAGAGCAAUAAGAAGGACACAGAGACGCACGCUCAGCUUCAGGAGAUGAAGCAGCUGUACCAGGCCAGCAAGGACGAGCUGGAGCAGCAGAAGCACAUGUAUGACCAGCUGGAGCAGGACCUCCUGCUCUGCCAGCUGGAGCUGAAAGAGCUCAAGGCCUCCCAGCCCAUUCCGGAGGACAAAGGAAAGUGUGCUAAUAAGUGUGACACACUGCUGUCCAGACUGACAGAAUUGCAGGAAAAGUACAAGGCCAGCCAGAAGGAGAUGGGGCAGCUGCAGAUGGAGCAGUGUGAGCUCCUGGAGGAUCAGAGGAGGAUGCAGGAGGAGCAGGGCCAGCUGCAGGAAGAGCUGCACAGGCUCACACUGCCACUGCCCAAGAGUGGCCUCUUACUCAAGAGUCAGGAACUACUCACCAAGUUAGAAGACCUGUGUGAGCUGCAGCUGCUCUACCAAGGCAUGCAGGAGGAACAGAAGAAGCUGAUACAGAACCAAGACUGUGUAUUAAAAGAACAAUUAGAGAUCCACAAAGACCUGCGACGUUUCAAAGAGUCUCAUUUCCAGGAAGUGUUGGAGAAUCCCGAUGAUUCCAAAUUGGCUAAGUCCUCAAAAUGUAAUCGAAACAAGGAGAACCAGGGAGUAGCAGAAGUCAACACUGUGAGGCUGGAUCAUAUUCCAGGGACAUCAGAUGUCCAGGCUGGAGGCCUGGGUAACACAGCUGGGAACCAGCAAUCCAAGCUGCUCAUGGAGCAGAUGCAGGCCCUGCAGGUGCUGUAUGACGUCGGUCAGGCGGAGCAGGAGCUCUUGCAGCAAGAGCAAGGGAGGCUCCUAGAGGAGCGGAAGAGGCUGCAGGCAGACUUGCAGCUCUGCCUGGAAGAAAUGCAGCUGCUUCAAGUCCAGUCCCCUUCUAUAAAAAUGAGCCUUGAGUCCUACGGGAAGAGCUAUGGUAGCAUGGUCCCCAGCAAUGAGAACUGUCGCAAGACUUAUGAUACCACUGUGGAUGACAAUGAGAGCUAUUACAAGAGUUACACCAGCACCCAGACCAGCAGCGAGAGCUUUCUCAAGAGCUAUGACAGCAGCACCAGUGCCAGUGAGGCCUAUGGGAAGAGUUACUGCACCACCAGCAACAGCAGCGUUACCUAUAAGAAGAGUUACGGCAGCACCAGUAGCUCUGACACCUGCCAGAAGAGUUUUGUCAGCAGCUGCACUGACGAGGAACCUGCUGAGCCCAAAGACAUGGAGCGCUUUGAGGAAAUGGUUGCGAAGGUGCUGAUCAAGCUGCAGGCGGUGCAGGCCAUGUACCAGAUAAGCCAGGAGGAACACAGCCAGCUGCAAGAGCAGAUGGGAAAGUUACUGGCCAAGCAGAAAGACCUGAAGGAAGAGCUGGAUGCCUGUGAAAGGGAGUUCAAGGAGUGCAUGGAAUGCCUUGAAAAGCCCAUGGCCCCCCAGAACGACAAGAAUGAGAUCAAAGAACUGCAGACCAAGCUGCGGGAGCUGCAGCUGCAAUACCAGGCUAGCAUGGAUGAGCAGGGGCGGCUUCUGGUAGUGCAGGAGCAGCUGGAGGGGCAGCUGCAGUGCUGCCAGGAGGAGCUCCGCCAGCUCAGGGAGAAGAGGCCCUCUGUUGUCAAAGAAGCCCGGGGGAAGAAUGCUAAUAAGAACAUAAACAAGAACGCCAAUGGGGUUAAAAUGAAAAAGGUGACCAAGCCGUGCUCGGAUACUUCUGAGAGCGACUUUGAGACCAGAAAGAGUCUAGAGGUGGUGCUGUACUACAAGGCCAGCCAGAGGAAAUUAGAUGGACUAGCAAAAGAGAAGGAAAAAAAAGAGAUGGAGGAGGAAAAAAAGGAGGAAGUGAAAGAGGAAGCAAAGGAGCAGUGUGGGGAUGAGCUAGUUGCUGAGCCAGCAGAUCCUGGGGAAGCUAAAUCCACAGAAGAUCGGGAGGAAAAUGAAGAGGACAAAGAGGAAGGGGAGAAGGAAGAAGACAGUGAAGAGGAGGAAGAUGACGUCGACUCUUCCCUUGAAAGUCCCGAAGAAAACAACCCCCUCAGACUUUCCGAGAGCAAAAAGAACAUGUUUGGGUUGUGGAAGCCUAUGGUAUUCUUGGCUAUUGCAGCUGUGGCUCUGUAUGUGUUACCCAACAUGCGACAGCAGGAGUCAGAGUUCUGACUCAUGGAGUGAUGGCAGACCUUGGCCAGCGCGAGGGCAGAUCCCCAGUGGCCACCACCCUCAGCUUUGGGCAGGACAUACUGUGCCAGAACCCUCCCCAUAUGUUCCAUGUGUCCCCAUCUCCUCAGCCUCAGUCACCCAGGCUGAAAAGCCUUGUGGGGAGCGGCUGACUCCCAUCUCCUGCCUUGUGUAAGAAUCUGAGUUCCUUGUAAUUAAAUAUCAACUGAAUUA